AUGUCCAACCCCUCAGUUGUUAAGCCCGAUCCGUCCUAUGUUGUACCCCUCUUCAUCAACGGCAAGGAGGUCACAACCAAAACCACUUUUCCUGUAACAUCACCUUCAUCCCACAAGCAAGUAUGGACCUCUUCGGCCGCCUCUCUGGAAGAUGUCAAGAGUGCCGUGUCAGCGGCAAAAGCUGCUUUCCCCGCUUGGUCCAAGAUGAAGCAUUCCGCCAAACGCAAUAUCUUCUUGAAAGCCGCCGACGUGAUCGAUGCGCGCGCGGAAGAAUUCGCAGACUACAUGAAGAUUGAAACUGGAGCUGCGGACAUGUUCAGCAACGGGUUCAAUGUGCCUAAGAUGGCGGAUAUGCUGAGAGAUGUGGCGGGAAGGUUGAGCGCCGUGAUGGGACAUAUUCCUAGCUGUGAAGAGGAGGGUACUAGUGCGUUGAUCGUCAAAGAGCCGUAUGGGGUCGUGUUGGGCAUUGCACCUUGGAAUGCCCCAUAUGUGCUUGGUAUGCGAUCAAUUCUGUACCCUCUCGCUGCGGGUAACACUUGCAUCCUGAAGGGUAGCGAGUUCUGCCCUCGCACAUGGUGGGCUAUCGGCAGCGCCUUGAGCGAGGCCGGCCUUCCCGCGGGCGCGCUCAAUGUCCUCUUCCAUCGUCCCGAGGAUGCAGCGCAGGUGACAACUGCCCUAAUUGAGGAGCCCGCUAUCAAGAAGAUUAACUUCACUGGCUCUACCGCCGUUGGUCGCAUAAUCGCAUCGACAGCUGGCAAGAACCUCAAACCUGUUCUGCUCGAACUAGGUGGCAAAGCGAGCGCCAUUGUCCUCGACGAUGCCAACUUGCAGACAGCAGCGACACAAUGUGCACUAGGUGCCUUCCUGCAUUCAGGCCAGAUUUGCAUGAGCUCAGAACGCAUUCUGGUACACAAGAACAUCAAGCCACAGUUCAUCGAAGCUUUCAAGGGCGCCGUGGAGGGUAUCUUCGGCGGCGACAAGCCCGCGCCGGUUCUCGUAGCUGCGCCGGGUGUAGAAAAGAACAAACGCCUUGUCGCAGAUGCAGUCAAGAAUGGCGCCAAAGUCGUACAUGGUGACCACGAAAGCGAUGAAAAACACCCAGAGACGAACGAAACCUCCGGAACACGCAUGCGUCCCAUCAUCGUUGAUGGCGUGAACAAGAACAUGGAGCUUUUCCACACCGAAUCUUUUGGACCAUCCGUCUCUGUCAUAGAGAUCUCUAGCGAUGAGGAAGCUAUCGAGAUCGCUAAUGACACCGACUACGGUCUUUCUGGUGCUGUAUUCACAGAGAACCUUGGCCGCGGUCUGCGCAUUGCCAAGCAGAUUGAAAGCGGAGCUAUUCAUAUCAACUCCAUGACAGUGCAUGACGAGUGGACUUUACCGCAUGGUGGUGCGAAGGCAAGUGGAUUUGGGCGAUUCAACGGGCACUGGGGUAUUGAAGAGUUCUUGAGGAUGAAAACUAUCACCUACAAGGAGUAG